UUUACAGUGGACUUCCAUAGAAAUUGACAUGUUGCCCAUUUUACCCCUCUGCGUUAGCUUGUGAUCAACUUGUGCUGCCUGGGCUGAGCUCAUAUUUCCGACGGUCCUUGAAGGUGCGCACAGACCGAGGAGGCUCCUCCCCAACAACAGUUGCCGACCUCCGACGAGAAUUCAAGCUGCCACAUUGAAGAGGAACAAAAAGGCGACCUGGCAGCGGUUUCUACACUCCCUCCACUUUCUCCGGGGUAGUCACGGGAUUUCAAUGUUCAGCCUGCUCUUUGGUUUCUGUGUUGACUUGGGCCGUACCUAUAUGGCGUGUGUGAGCGGAGAAUUUUGCCAGGCACAGCACCUCACCUCUGUGAAGAAGUGAAUCGGCCGCCCCCCGAGGGACUACGCUACCCAGAAACCCCCCUGACUGUCAGCACACUAGGAACUGCUGUGUCAUCUAAAGGCCCCCUGGGAUACUGCGUAGUCCUUGGCCCGACUGCCCUGCGCCAACCGAUACGACAAAUCUUUGCUCGCCACUUUCUCCUCGAACAGCCAAUCACAAACAGCUCUCCUGAAUGGGCCGUCUCGCCAACAUGAACCGCCCCGCUGCAGUAGAGAUUGCCUACGACUGCAUGAGGUUCCUCAUCACCCACAACCCCACCAAUGCCACGCUCAACAAGUUCACAGAGGACCUGAAAAAGUGUGAUGUGAACACACUGGUGAGAGUUUGUGAUGCCACCUACGAUAAAACUCCAGUAGAAAAGGAGGGGAUACAGGUCCUGGACUGGCCCUUCGAUGAUGGUGCCCCUCCCCCCACCCAGAUUGUGGACGACUGGCUCAAGCUGCUCAACACCAAGUUUCGAGAGCAACCUGGCUGCUGCAUCGCUGUGCACUGUGUGGCAGGACUUGGCCGAGCUCCAGUCUUGGUGGCCUUAGCCCUCAUUGAGUGUGGGAUGAAGUAUGAGGAUGCUGUGCAGUUCAUAAGGCAGAAGAGACGUGGAGCCUUCAACUCCAAACAGCUUCUUUACCUCGAGAAAUACAGACCCAAAAUGCGUCUGCGGUUCAAGGAUACCAACAGCCACAACUGCUGUGUGCAGUAGGCUGCCUGUCAGUGCAUCUUUCUUACGUGCAUCUAGCGGGGAAUCUUCCAACAAGGGGAGAUUUAAAAAAAAAAAAAAAUAAUGAAGAGAGUGCUAUCAGUAAAUAUUGUGAUGAUUUGUUAACACUGAGUCAUGGUUAAUUGAUCAGAGAGCUAGCGAGUGAAUCGAAUGAAUGAAACCAGAUCUGGGGAUCCACCAGCCGAACCAAUGAAUGGAAGGUCAAAGCACACAGAUAGGCCCGCCUCCCGGUUAUACUGUUCAACCACGGGCCAGAAUUUUUUCAACUUGAGUCCAUCCUGUUCCUUUUCUCUUUUUUUUUUUUUUUUUUUGUUUCAUUUCAGUUGUAAUCAUGGGAUAACAUUUUCCAUUUUGUGAAUUUUUAUUUUUACACAAACAAUGGUGAUGAAAAGUUAAAAUGAUAUUCUGAUUUUUAUUUCCACUACCUAUUGAUAUUAAGAUUAGGCCAGAAUAAUGUACCUUUUUAAAAAACAUUUUUAAACUUUGAACACAUAUUGUGACUGUCCAUUUUGGUAUUGGGGUGUUUUUUUUCCCCUUGUUUUUUUUUUUUUUUGCACAAAAACUCAAAAGGUUCACCUGAAAAUGCAGUAAUGUUUUCCCUUCACUUUCUUAAAGUCACUUUCAGUUUAGGGGUUCACUCAGUUUGAAUAUGUCUGCAAUAUUUAUUCACAAGAUAUGAUAUGUGUGGCAGUUAUGAGUUUGGCAGGGGCAAGGACACUUUGUUAUCCAAUAGUUUUGUUGAUGUUUUUUUUUUAUCCUUUGAGAGCCAUGUCUUUUUUUCUUUUCUUUUUUUUAAAUCUCGUUGGAGUGCAAUAAUCAGUCCACCUCAAAUAAGCCCACCAAACCCUGCUGAGCAUCAGACACACACGCACACUUACACUUCAAACCACCUCGUCUAGACAGUUUAACAGGAAAAUAAACUCAACAACUGCUACAACAGGUACUUCUCCUGCUUUCAUUCAUUCUCCUUAACGGGGCUGCAAUAGGACUUUCCCUAAAUAUGUAUAUUUAAACACACACACAGAGCCUAAGAUUCAAUCUGAAAGACAAGGUGGAGAAGAAUGAAAUGGUCAGUUUUUUUAUCAUUGUACCCAUUUUGAAAACAUCCCCAAUUCGUAUUGGUUCUUUAAAGAUAAAUAAAUUGAAAUAAAAAGCA